AUGAAGAUGAAUAAAGAUAAUUUGCAUAUUAAGAACCUAAAAUUAAAGACAAUUACGGGUCCCAAUCUAUGGAAUCAAAUACAGCCUCAGAAUUGUCGACUAUCUGUGGACGUUGAAACAAAUUUUUCUGAAUGCUCAAGAACUGACGAUUUAAAAUACUCUUUGAACUACGCUAGUUUGGCUAGUGAUAUAACUAAGUUUGUCAAGAAGAAAGAAAAUUGGAAUUCUUUGAAUAAUUUAUCGAAAUCUGUCUAUGACUAUGUGCAAGACUAUAAGAAAAGUAUAAAAUCACUGGAAGUCUCAAUACAAAACGAAAACUUACACGCUAGGACUAAUAAAAUUUCUUGGUGCUACGGUAAUCGUUUUAAUAGACUUAUGAUCAAUGACUUGAAAGUAAUGACAAUAAUUGGUAUUUUCAAUUUUGAAAGGGUACAAAAACAGACAAUUUCAAUCGAUCUAACGAUUGAAUCUAAAAAUAUCAAUAGCUGCUCAUUCCCAAUAAAAAAAAUAAUAAAUGACUGUGUGACUUUUACGGAGAAUUCAGAUUUUAAGACUGUAGAAGCAUUGGCAGAAGCGAUUAACAAUAUUGUCGCUGAAAUAAUCGACACAGAUGAGGAUACUAUCGUGACAGUAAAAGUAAUGAAAUUGAAUGCCAUUACUGACACUGACUCUGUCGGUGUAAGUUGUCAAAGAAAAGCCUCAAAAUUAAUAAAUGCUCACCAAAAACUUCCAUCCACUGAAAGAAUCAAGGCAGAACAGCCUUCUUUUGACAACGAAACUGUUACUAAUGGACAAAAUACUGUAUAUCUGUCGUUUGGUUCCAAUAUAGGCGAUAGGAUUAUGAACAUCCAAGAAGCCAUUAAAAUUUUGGACGAACAUGAAAGUAUCACGGUAAAAAAUAUAUCCUCCUUCUUUGAAAGUGAGCCUAUGUAUUAUCUGAAUCAAAAUCAAUUCAUUAAUGGUUGCGUAGAAUGUCAAACUAUUUUGACUCCAAGAGAACUGCUGAAAGCUAUCAAAGAUAUUGAAUAUAACAAGCUGAAUCGUGUAAAAGAAUUUGAUAAUGGGCCCAGAACCUUAGAUCUAGAUAUCAUUAUGUAUCUCGAUUCGAAGGGAAAUCAAAUAAUUGUAAACGAACCUGAUUUAAUUGUCCCUCAUGAUAAAAUGCUAGAGAGAUCAUUUGUCCUAGAGCCACUUUGUGAAUUGAUUCCCUCCAAUUUCGAGCAUCCGAUUUCCACCGAACCAAUAUCAAAACAUCUAUCAGCAAUCUACGAAAGAGGAAACGAUGAAGAUUAUCUAUGGAAGGUGAUACCUAUUCCAAACCACAACAAGGAAACCGAGAAGGGAACAAGGUUUUUAAAAUUCAAGACAAUAUGCAAAACUAAUGAGUUCACUGCAAAGAGAAAAAGAAUCACUAUAUCACCCACGUAUUUAAUGGGAAUAUUGAAUACUACACCUGAUUCAUUUUCUGAUGGAGGCAAGUACAAUACCUUGGAAAAACAACUUGAUUGCAUCAAGGUAAUGUGCCAGGAGCAUUUUAAAUUACAUGAAAAUAUUAUAAUUGAUGUCGGUGGUUGUUCUACAAGACCAAACUCUGUUCAGGCAACGGUAGAGGAAGAACUAGCAAGGACCAUACCGAUUAUUGAACAAAUUAGACAGUGUAAAGAGCUUCCACAGGACAAAAUCAUAAUUUCUAUCGAUACCUAUCGUUCUGAGGUUGCUGAAAAGGCAAUCCAGGUUGGUGCAGAUAUAAUAAAUGAUAUUUCAGGGGGAGCUUUCGAUAGCGACCUAUUCAACAUAAUAUCAUCUCAUCCCAAUGUUGCUUACGUUUUAUCUCAUACAAGAGGCGAUAUUGCCACAAUGACAAAACUUACCUCUUAUGAUGAAUUUACGGGUUCAGAAGGUUGUGAAUUUUUUAAUGAAGAAGAAUAUACCGGUAAUAAUUUGAAAUUUAUUAGAGUCCUGGGACGUGAACUAGCUACAAGAUAUCAAAUCGCCCUUUCGAAGGGUGUCAGACGUUGGCAAAUUAUUGUAGACCCUGGUUUAGGAUUUGCUAAGGAUUUAAAUUCGAAUCUCAAAGUUAUUAGAGAGCUUCCAUUUUUGAAAAAUUACUCAUUCUUAGAAGAUGGUACCAAUAACUAUACUUCUUUCCGUAAUCUACCAUUCCUACUUGGCCCAUCACGAAAAAAAUUCAUUGGUACCAUUACUAAAGACGACGAUGCACAAAACAGAGAUUUUGCCACUGGUUCAAUUGUAGCAUCAUGCAUUGGAUUUGGUGCAGACUUAGUUAGAGUGCAUAAUGUCGCUGACUGUUCCAAGAGUAUAAAAUUGGCAGAUGCAACAUAUAAAUUAUUAGAAUGA